GAUUGCAACAUUAGGACGGAAAGUGUAGGGUAGGCUAUCAUGCAAAGAGAAUGAUCGCUGUUUAAACCUAAACAAAUAAUUUAGCUAUCAUAUAUCUUAUCGAUUUCUAUUGCUCUUGAAGAUAAUUUUCAAGGUAAUGUGACUUCUAAACUCUUCUUUCUCUUAUCAACGCUCCAAAAGAGGUUAAACAAGGCGGCCAGGAAGUGACCAACCUUUCUCAAACGCGGAUUCUCGAGUCGGUGGCAAAGACAGAGAAACAUGGCUUUUACAGACCCCACAGGCUCAAGUCACAAGUUUUUAAAGGAUGCAUCGCUACUGUAUCAAGACAUUUGUCCGGAGCAGUCACGUUUUCUCAUGGGGAGACACCAGAGAAUGAAAGCUCCAGCCAAGUUCCAGCCCAUCCCUGAAGAAGAGCUCUGUCCCUUCUGUUUCCAGUGGCGUCGCCCAGACAACCACCGCAUGCGUCUGCAUCCCAAGCGGCGUGCGUCGGUGAGGGUGCAGAGCGUGUUGCGGAGGGAGGGCAAGGGCAAGAAGCUCAGCCUGGCUCAGAUGGACAUCUUACGGAGGUUCAGGGGCUCCUCAUCAGCUCUGGUGGCUACAUGCUACGCCUGUAACAGCACGUCCAAGCAUAACGGCGUCAACAGGAACUUCAUAGCCACUCUCUCCAAGAGCCACUGCACCCCCUGGAGCGCAGGCAAACACAAGACUCCCCAGUCCGGCAACAGAACCAACGCCUCCAAAGACAAGACGCCCUGCAGUACGCCAAGGUCAACCUCAAAGUCCCCCGGUUCCUCCUCGGCCUCAAAGCCCGCAGAUGUGAAGAAGUUGGCCUUCUCCCGCCUCAAGAGGUUCAUCAUGCUGGAGGACAACCAAAAGACCAAGACCAAGGGAGGACUCAAAGACUUCCUCUCCUCCCUCUGAAUGACUGACACUGGGCUCCGUUGCAUGGGCCCAAGAGUCGGCCAUGACACGAAACUGAACCAGUCUUUCUCUGGCCUGCUUAGAAUUCAGAAUGGUCCUACUGGAAUUCAGAACAACAAGGCGAUAGGGGGGAGGAGUCAGCUGUCAGUCAAUGAGCGCCACAGCGCCACCUGUUGAGAGAAUUAAAGGGGCAUGUUUUUUUUCUUCUUCACAUGCCACCCCUCAACUGCCCCUGAGGUCCCCCUUCCGUAGAACUGUCCAAACUGGGAAUGGUCGCACAUCACUCAGGAAUUCCACUGUCCCAACUGAAUGGUGGGAUUGGCAUCGGAUGGCAAAGCUCACCCCUCUCUUCCAUGGCCUUUAUGAUGAGGCAAGCAAAAUAAAUUGUUUGGAGUUAUAGGAUGUUUUGAUUGAGAGGGUGAUUUUUAUUUGUUACAAUCACAUUUAUGAUACAUAUGACUUUGUUAAUGCUUGAGUUUCAUACUUUAUUACUUGGUUGUUGUCCUCUGUUUUAUUUUGGGGGACUCCACAGGGCAUGUCUUCUUGAAACUCUCCCUCUUGUUAGAUCACCAGCCAGGUAGGGCUGUUCAUUUGUUACUUAUCUUAUGAUCACUGUGCCAAACACGUUUGUUUACUGGUGGUUUUGAGAAUCAUAUUUGGGUGAAUCGGACACAUCAACUGUUUAUAAUGAAAUAGGCGAUGGGCCUGAAACUUGUGAUGCGAUUAAACUACUUUUUUUUUUUUUAUACAAUAGUUCUGUUUCUUGUUAUUGAUGGUUUUCAUUUUUUACCUGUUAGUAAGUACAUAUUCACAAUACUAUUAGACUGCAUGUUGUAAUGGCUGCUUUGAUCCAACACAAUUUAUAACAAAGAAUUUCUUUGGUUGUAAUUAAUCCAAUGUGUGGGUCUGUAUCAUUGCAUACAAUCCUGAAUUACCUCACAUUUAUAUUCCUUCUACACUUUGCUUCUCUGAAAUAAACUUUUUCCUUUUAAAUAUUA